AGCCCCUUCUCCACGUCCGCCGCCACUCCCUCGCCGCGGAGCGGGGCCGAGGGGGAUGCUUCGGAUCCCACCUCCGCGGGGAGCUGCGCAUUUCCGCGCGCCAGGGCGGCCCCGGCUCUGGCCGGCCCUCGCGGCGGCCGCCCGCGUUCCGCGUCCCCGGGAAGUUGUCUCCGGAGCCCGCGGCGCCUGGGUCUCCUCCCCCUGAGCCCCGCCCCCCCCCCCCGGCCCGAGCUGGGAGCCGCGAGCCGCCCGGCCCGGGGGCGUUGCCGCUCGCUCCGAAGCCAGCAAGUCUCAGCUUCCCUGCGCGGGGCGCGCGUCCCCCGCCUAGCCGGGGACCCCCGCGCACCCCCGAGACGGCGCGCGCCCAGAGCGCGGGAGCCCGGAGCGCCGGGCGCCUGGGACCCCGCGGAACCGCUGCCCAGACUGCGGGGCUCGGCAGGGAUGCAGGCUGCGCUGUGAGCCCGGGCGCCAAGGCCAUGUCCGGCGCCCGCUGCCGGACCCUGUACCCCUUCUCCGGGGAGCGGCACGGCCAGGGGCUGCGCUUCGCCGCGGGCGAGCUCAUCACGCUGCUGCAGGUCCCAGACGGCGGCUGGUGGGAAGGCGAGAAGGAGGACGGGCUCCGCGGCUGGUUCCCGGCGAGCUACGUGCAGUUGCUGGAGAAGCCUGGAAUGGUCCCCCCUCCACCGGGAGAGGAAAGCCAGACCGUUGUCCUUCCACCGGGCUGGCAGAGCUACUUGUCCCCUCAGGGCCGGCGCUACUAUGUCAACACGGCCACCAAUGGGAAACUGCCACCAGAGAACGGAGAGGAUGGAAACACAGAAAGUGAGAUUUGGUGGGAAUCACAGAUGUGUGUGCCAAGGCAGAACGUGGAUUCGGAGACCACCUGGGAGCGUCCCAGCAGUUCUCCUGGGAUUCCAGCCAGCCCUGGCCCUCACAGAAGCUCUCUGCCUCUGACAGUGAAUGGAUACCACACGUCAGGGACCCCAGCGCACCCUCCUGAGACUGCCCACAUGAGUGUCCGAAAAUCCACCGGUGAUUCCCAGAACCUGGGAUCCUCGUCACCAGGCAAAAAGCAGAGCAAGGAAAACACCAUCACGAUAAACUGCGUGACAUUUCCUCACCCAGACACGAUGCCGGAGCAGCAGCUGCUCAAACCAACCGAAUGGAGCUACUGUGACUAUUUCUGGGCUGAUAAGAAGGACCCCCAAGGCAACGGAACCAUGGCUGGGUUUGAACUGCUGCUUCAGAAACAGCUGAAGGGCAAACAGAUGCAGAAGGAAAUGUCAGAGUUCAUCCGGGAAAGGAUAAAGAUUGAAGAAGAAUAUGCAAAGAACUUAGCUAAGCUGUCUCAGAACUCCUUGGCUGCCCAGGAGGAGGGCUCCCUGGGAGAAGCGUGGGCGCAGGUGAAGAAGAGCCUUGCCGACGAGGCCGAAGUUCACCUCAAGUUCUCCGCCAAGCUUCACAGUGAGGUGGAGAAGCCCCUCAUGAACUUCCGCGAGAACUUCAAGAAGGACAUGAAGAAGUGUGACCACCACAUUGCAGACCUCCGCAAGCAGCUCGCCAGCCGCUAUGCCGCGGUGGAGAAGGCCCGGAAAGCCCUCACGGAGCGGCAGAGAGACCUGGAGAUGAAGACCCAGCAGCUGGAGAUAAAGCUGAGCAACAAGACGGAGGAGGACAUCAAGAAGGCGCGGAGGAAGUCCACACAGGCGGGAGAUGACCUCAUGCGCUGUGUGGACCUCUACAACCAGGCCCAGUCCAAGUGGUUUGAAGAGAUGGUGACCACCACGUUGGAGCUGGAACGGCUGGAGGUGGAGAGGGUGGAGAUGAUCCGGCAGCAUCUGUGCCAGUACACGCAGCUGCGGCACGAGACGGACAUGUUCAACCAAAGCACAGUCGAGCCUGUGGACCAACUGCUUCGAAAAGUGGACCCAGCCAAAGACAGGGAGCUGUGGGUCAGGGAGCACAAGACGGGCAACAUCCGCCCCGUGGACAUGGAGAUCUAGACACACGGCCUGGGGGGUCCUGCCGAGGAGGGGCUGGGGUCCCACGCAGAGGAGGUGGCACUCCUGCCGGGGGGGGACCUGCUCCCAAGCGGGGCUGCCCUCCCACCCGCUCUCCUGGUCCACUGAGGAGAGGGGACAGUGAAGCCAGAAGGGCGGCCCGGAUGGCCCCAUGGGGAGCUCCCCAGUGUUCCCAGGCUGAGAAGAUGGAUCCACAGCCCUGCCCUUGUCUCCGAGGUUGAAGCCCCCCCAAGUCCCAUGCCGUGCUUGCCACUCCGAGAACAAACCGAGGCUGGAACGUUGUGGUCCCUGCUGAGCACCAGAGAGGUCCCCUCCCCACCCAGAGCCAGCUGUGUCACACGCUCACGCCCCUGGAAGCCCCAAGGCCCUUCCUCCAGCCAGCCCGCUUGUCUCCAGGGCUUUGGAAGGGCGGGGGAGAGAGGUCUCUGUCUCCAAGCCAAGUGUCAGGAUCAGAAUCGUGGAUAGAAGGCACCUUUCAGCUCAACAGCCCGCACCCAGAAUCCUUUGCAGCAGCCCUCCCUCUUUGUUUUUCCCCAUUGCAUAUUCUGGGAGCCCACAUCCUGGCUCUUCUCUGCUACUUUUCAUCACUGGGAGUCUUGGGAAGAAUGCCUGCCUCCUGUUUUCCCAGACCGACCCUGCCUGCAGAGGUCAGGAGGGAACUACCUCAUUCAGCAAAUUCGCCCCAAGUUGGAGCAUGGAAUCGUGUUUCCUAUUAGAUCGGGCAUCAAUGUCACGUGCUGUCUCUGGGCAGCCCCGUCCACCCAGCCCACGGCCGCUUCCUCGGGUGAGCUCCCUCUUCCACCCUCGCUUGUCCUGGGGGCUGGGUCAGUCCCAUGUUGGAGAUGGGUUGGGGCAAGUGUCUAUCGCCCCCCAGAUGGCCCCACCUGCCUACGCACAGCGGGGUCGGGACCACCGUCUCGUGUAUGGCUCUCACUGGCAGGCACUGUGCAGGCAUCGCAGACUCUCGUAGCCGCAGUACGUGUCACCAGGCAGUCUGGCACCUUGGCCUCUCAGCUCCUGCACGUUUCAAAUCCCCGCACGGAGCCCCUGCUUGGUGCUGCUACCCCCUUGCCCUUUGCCCACCUCCCCAUUCCUGGGAGAGCCUGGUCUGAGUGUGACCUGGGAAGCUUUGGCACCGCCAUCGGGUCCUCACUCAUCACUUUCUCCCUUACGUGUUAAAUCUUGAGAAUCAGCUCGAGGCCACGGGAGGAAGAAAAGGGCUGAAGGAACCCGCACCCUGAGAACCCAUCUUUCCUGUUAAUCUUUCCCUUGAUUACUUCGGAUUCACAGGACUCACGUGUUUCUCGUGAGGGCAGAAGGUAACUCACUGGUCCUUCUCUCUGCCGUCCAUGCUGGUAACCGAUGACUUGUUAUUCUUGACUCUUUUGGCACCUCUGCCUUUUGGGUCACUGUGGCGGCCUCGUAGUUACGGUAGAAAGAGGCCGUAUAGCCUAAAGCAAACCAAGCUUUGCCAGUAUUUUUAUUGAAACAUCCCAACCAGAAAGGUCAGCAGGAAGGCCUUCACCAACAUGGAGGCCAGCAGGACGGAUGUGUGUCUGGCAUGGAGAACCGCUCCUGGUCUGAAGUUGGGCCAUGACACCAGCUGCCAGUUUGGGGAUUUCAUUUCUUUGGUUUCUCUGUCAAAGAUCGGUGCUAGUAGUAAUUGCUUUGUGGCUUAGUAAACUAAUUUGUGGGCGAUUUCCCGACAUUCAAAGCCAACAGCCUUGUCAUUGACGCAGAUACUUUGAGUGUGAUAUCGCUCGUUGAUUUUGUUUUCUCAUCCCCAUCUGAGGAUUCCGGAGUCUUCUGUGCUUCCCUGGGGCUCUCUUGCCUCUCUCAGGGUAGCCCAAGUUGGCCCCUUGUGGGCCAGUCUAUUUUCUGAAGUCAUUCUUUCCCCCUCAUCCUUUUCCCUCGGUUUCGUUAGCCCUUCCACAUCUUUUUUCUUUUUUCUUCCCUCCUUUAUUCAUUCAUCAGGCAUUUAGCUGAGCCUGGGCAAUGUGCUAAGAUCUAGGGACAAGCUAUGGCCCUGUCAUCCGGGAAGCCCACAGUCUCUUGUUUGGUAUAGACUUGUCUUUUCUCCAGGGGUCUUGCAGGUCAGUAACUUUGGCAUUCACAUACAGGUACUCUCUGCAGAAUUUAGGUUUGCAGAGACACUGUCUGUUGUGCUGAUAGCUCUUCUUUCAUUCGUUCCCUCAUUCACUCAUUCAUUCAUUUAAUCGGCAGACACUUGGGGCAAGCCAGGCAUUGUGCCGGUACUAGAAAUGUAGCUGCGUACCAGACAGGCACUCCGCCCCCGGCCCCCCUCUAUUCUCCAUGUGGAAGGGGGAUGUUUUCAGACCUUUCUGGGGAAUGAGAAGCUUGCACCCCUUCCACAUUUAACCCACUGGGAGCCUGUAAUCAUAAUACAAACUACUGCCAUGCGGCAUUUACCCAGGGACAGAGAAACCAGGCAGCAACAAGAGUAUAAUCACCUGGUCCGCCAGACCCUCCAUGGCUCAUAUCCAACUCAAAGUUCAGAGAUAUGUUUUAAAUAAUUCUUCUCACUUUACAAAGAGGAAGAAUGAAGCCGGAGGACGGCCAGUGAGAGCCGUGAAAUGAACAGCGAAUUACAAGCAGGGCUGGAGUCCGUAUGUUAACAGGGUUCCGCAUGUGGGUGAAAUCAGAGUUAGGAUGAAGAGUCUGGAAUACCUAAAAGCGCGCUUCAGAGGGACCCUCGGCCCCGGCGGUGGUUUGGGUUUGGGUUUGGGCUUUGGCGCGUAGGUUAUAGGAGGGUCUGCCUGGCUUGAUUCAGGGUGAGUCGCCCCAGGCCAUCCUUGAGCACAUCCGUUGUUCCAUUUCUGAGGACAGGUGAGCCUCUUCUACCUGGGAGACACGGGUGCACUUCGUUUUGUCUGUGAUAGCCCUGAUUUUUUACAAAACAGUCUCUAAAACAAAAGUGAGUUGCCACGAAAACCUCCAGGAAAAGCUACUUGUUCCUCUCCAUUUUUUUUUUCUCUUGCUUUUGAUCAGUAUUGCAAAGCCCUGGCCAGCUGAGCCACAGGGACGGCUGCCCCGAGGUUCUGCCCGUGGAACCGCCUUGGGCCUCCUUUCACUGGGGCUGAUUAAUGAUCGAAGCAAACUCAGGAACCAGGGGUUUGUUUCUGUUCCCUUUGUGAAAACCAAUCCAUUACGAGAUUAGGGGAUGGGUGCAGAGAAAUCCUGGUGGAGCCAAAGCCCCCUUCUUGGCAGUUCAAGCCAUGAAAUUCAAAGGACGUCAAAGACCUCAGCUUGUUUAAGUGAUUUUACUUCCAGCUGUGAGUGGCCUUGACAAGGAGAGUUUAAACAGGAUUCUGCAGACCUGCUGCUGACUAUGUAGGUAGGGAAAGCCUCGGACAAAUGUUAAGUGGGGCGCAGACCAGCGGCCGGCUUCCUUAGCCGGCAUACUGUCUUAUUUCCAUAAACCUCCCCGCCCCUACAAGUCCCCCUGCCUUUUCUUUUUACAAGUUUAUUGAGAUCUUUGACGUUUGGUAUCGGGGGUUCAUUGACAUACAGUAUAAUUCACCCUUUUGAAGUCUACAGUUCAGUGAAUUUUGACAAAGGUACACAGCCUUGUAACCAGCACCGAAAUCAACGUGGUAUUUCCAUCACUCCAGAACAUCCCCUCAGGCUCCUUUGAUGUCCAUCCACUCCUCCCACCCCCAGCACCUGGUGACCACUGAUGGAUUUUCUGACCCUGCAGAUUCGCCUUUUCUAGAAUGUCGUAGAAGUGGAGCCACACUGCAGUAGCCUUAGAGUCUGGCCUCCGUCACUCGGCCCGUUGCCUCUGCGUCACCUUGUGGCUGGAUGUCAGGAGCUUGUCCCCUUAUAUCUCCAAGUAGCAGUCCGUUGCAUGGGUGCAUCCUUGCUUUUAAAAUGAGUUGUCUGCCCCCGAAGUUCCUGGCCUGGGGUCUUAAGCUCGUUUGCACGGCUACUUUCAGCCAGCGGCGCCCACGAGCGGUUCUUGGGGCUCACGCCUGCGUUUUCGGAUCGUUUUAGGUUUUUGACAAUGCAGAAAGCUGCUGGGGUCAGGGGGAGGGGGCGGGCAGGGUCUCCACUGCCCUCCAUUUCCGCUGGCAUCUCAGCUGGUAGUUCUGCUUGCUUCUGGGGACCCUCCCUUCAACUCGCCCAGUCCCUGCCAUUUGGUGAGGGUUAGAGGGUGUGGAAGGUGGGUGGAGGGAGCGUGGAUGAGAAGACAGGGAGCCCAUCACCACCCUCUCCUGGAUCUCUGUUCCUUCAUCGGCAGACUGAAGGUGUUCGUUCUAGACGGUCUCCCAGGCCUCCUCCAGCUGCUGCGUUCUGUCUCCUCCCCUUGGCACCUCCAGUUUUGUACCCUGUGCCCACGUCAUGCCCAAUCUGUGUCCCGUCAGCACGGCUGUGCGUGAUGUCACCUAACACCCUCAUGAGAGGGAUACCCAGGCGCUUCUCUGUUCAGACACAAAAACUUACGAGUUUCGUGAGCUGUUGAGAAUGAGGUAGUUCCUCCUUGGACCCCUAAAGAAAGCAGAAGCCAUUAAUUUUCCUCCACCAAGUUUUGACACCAUGUCCUGAAAGUCACUUCCAAGGAGCAUAAACAGGCAUGAAGACACGGCCCCCUCCCUUCAGGUGCUUGUCGCUGCCGGAACUUUGCUCACCUGGCCUGUGCCCUCACUGUACUGGAUGGUGGCAGAGAGAGGGCCACACCCAGCUGACACUGGUCAGCUCUGGGCCUGACCCCCAAGGUAAGAACUCCUCCAGGCACAUCCUGAUCGUGCCCUGCUCAGUGAAAGUUGAGCCCCGGAAGGCAACCAGCACCUCUCCCAGCAAAUGGAAGACAUUCUUGGGUCCAGGCCAGGUGAAGGUAUGGGCCAUGGAACCCAAGUCACAGGGCCCCACGCUGCCAGGGACCACGAAAGACUUUCACACCAUGAAAGUCAUUCCUGUCGGGCCUUUCCUGAAAGUGAGGGACCCAACUCCCCUUUCCUGGUUUGGGUGAGACCGAGACAAGAGACAAAAACCAAUGUUCCAUUUCCCCUAACCCCCUAGAUGCUGGGGCGUGGCUGUUGGGUGCCUUUGUUGGGAGGUGCCUCUGAGGGAAGAGGGGCUGUGAUGAACUUGGAUCUCUAUGUGCUGUUCAGGGGAAUUGACCCUUUGUGUCUGAGGGAAAUUCCUAAUGGGAUUGCAGCGGUGGGAUGCAGGGGGUCAGGCACAUGCGUGCUCUCCUAGGGACAGUGUGACAUGGGGAUGAGGAAGGAAAGCAUAUGGUACCAGGGCAAGAGCACCGGACUGGCCCUGCUCUGCUGUCUCAUUUGUCCCAUAACCUGAAGUUAAGUCACAUCCCCUCCCGGGACCCGUGUGUUACCGAGUGGAGUUGCUCCCCAUCCGGCGCCACACGCGGCAGCAGACUGGCUCUCGGGACUGUGGCCUCCAGGCAGCCAUGUGGACCCAGGGACAGUCAUUCAAAGGGACACGAGCCAUCCUUGGUGACAGGGGCCCCAAAUUUGCAUCUCUGCCCUUAGGAAGGAGAUGAAGGGGGUGGGCAGCCCUUUCACAAACGAGCACAUCAGCAAACCCCAUGAAAGUGGAAUUUUCUAACAGACUUGCUUGUUUGCUCUGUUUUCUGUAACUUUUGCUAAAUACUUUAUACAUUUUUAACGUUAAACAGCGGUGUCUCCUCCAGCAUUCCUCCUCCCAGAAUGAAUGUGUUUACUCCACACUGUAUAUCCUCCCAUCCCCUGGCUGCCUAGAUCAGUAAAUAAAAUUGAUGUACUAUAAUUUAUAAGUAACACUCUUGAAACUCUGAUCCCUAUGGAGGCUGUAAUCCACCCUUCCCACCCUGUCCCCACCCCACCCGAGCCCCGUAAUAGCAUUUGUGUGUAUUAAUGCUGAAAAGUUAAAUGUUUAAAGGGUUUAAAUUUUGAAGGCGUUUGCUAUAUAUAAUUGUUCUGCAUUAUUAUAAAGCAUUUUCAGGAAGUUAAA